GAUCUGUUCUGUACACACUGAACAAUUACCUUUCAGUAGUAUUCAGUUACUUCUUAAAAAAAAAUCCAAAAUGAAAUUCUUCGCUUUCGUCGUCUUCGCACAGGCCGUGUUCUUCCAGGCCGCCUAUUCCCAGUGCAUCAGACCGUACGGACCUCGUGUGGUUGCCCCGGUCGCAGCGCCACUUAUGGCCCCGGCGCCAAUUCUGUCCCCGGCUGUUCUACCCGCUCCAACGAUUGUCCCCGCCAUGUCCCCAGUAGCGAUCCCCAGCGUGGCCAACAGCCUUGCUGAUACCCUUUCCCUGCUGACCGUGAGCAGCCUGCUUGCUGACACCCUACCUUUGUCUUACCCGAAUGUGGUGACCAGCUUACCGAUGGUUGGUGGAUGCGGAUGUGGUUUAGGCCCCAUCUAUUACUAAACUUCUAUAUUUUUUUUUAUAAUUGGCAUAAUUUGGUAAAUAAUUUUGGUAAAAAUUAUUAUUGCUAAUUUUUUUUUAGAAAUGUGCUCUUUUAUAUUAAUUAAUUAUAUAUUAUUCUUUUUUCUCUCUUUUUACCAAUUUUGAAAUAAUAAGCAAUUUAUAUAUUAUUAUUUUGGUUUUUUAACUCAUUUAUCAUUUUAAACAAAAAUAAGCCAGCAAAGUACCAAGAUCGUUUACUAAGUAAGCCAAUUACAACAACAGGUUAUUAGAUUAUUAAAAAAAGUAAAAAUUUCUAAAAACAAUUGUAAAUCCUGUCAUUGUUUAAAUAUAUUUUGACAAUACUGCAUUUUGGCUAUCUUACCUCUUUAUAAUGUAUUUCAAACUCUUUACUUUGUAAAUACAGGGUGUAACGAAAUAUUUAAAUGUGUAACUCAAUUUUAGUAUUUAUUAAAUACCAUCAAAAACAUAAAAUAUAUAAACAUGCCAAGUCUCGAAACACAGGUUUUUCACUACAAAAAAUGUGAGAUUUCAUAGAAAACCAAGUCGGUUAUUUUGGUUAGUGUCUAUGGAAGCAUCUACUCAAUAACUUUGGUAUAAAUUGGUAUCUAAUCAAUUACUCCGGUAUCAUUGAUCGGUAUCAAUAAUAUACAAGAUGUCUAUUGCUAUAAUAACUAUAAUGACUUAUGAAAUAAAAAUAAUGAAAGUAAAAAUAACUCACAAUACCCCCAAUUCGUUACACGCUGUAUAUGUCAAUUAUGUUUAUUUAUUAAACCAUUUGUUUGAAUCUUUACAUAAAAUAAAAAAAAGUAACAGUA